AUGCCUGUUGGUCCAGUUGACGGGAGGGGUACAGUCCUGUACUACGAAGACAGUGGAGCGCCUGAGGGCUCGCGCGAUUAUGCCACCCUCGUCUUGGUGCAUGGGACGCAGUUCCACAGCGGUGUUUUCAGGAAGAUGAUACCGUUCGCGUCAGCACGCAAAUUGCGUUUGGUGCUAGUGAACUCGCGCGAUUAUCCCGGCUCGACGCGGUACUCGCCUGAAGAGCUAGACGGCUUAUCGUCACCACAAAAAGAAGUACAGGCUGCCACGAUCAGGACCCGAGGGCUCGAGUUUGCCGCUUUCAUGCGUUGGUUCAUUGAGAUAGAGCGCAUCCCACCCAUCUUCGAGAAGGAAGGAGCAAGCCGCCCCUCGGGUGGUAUCUCCUUACUUGGCUGGUCAUCAGGAAACCUCCAGACGAUCCCCUUGCUCGCGUAUGCCAAUGACUUGCCCCAAGACACCGCGGAAGUACUCGAGGGAUACUUCCGUAGCUUCUUUAUUCAUGACAUCUCAGAAACCGCCAUCGGCGCGCCUGCACUCGAGGGCCUCUACACGCCCAUGCGUGACAAGUCGCUCAACGCCGAGCAGAUCGCCGCGACCUUCCCGCUCUGGGUGUCAAGCUACUUCACGCAGGCAGUCGUCACGUUGGACACGGACGCUGAGACGCCGGGGUUCGGCGAGAUGGUUGUCGCGCGCACAGCGCGGCACGAGAGCGACCCCGACCCGCGCUGGGUGCCAACCGUGGUGCGCAUGGGUCCGGAGGGGGUUGCAGCGGUAAGCGACGCCAGCGUGAUGCCACGCUCGCAAGUGCGAAUACAGCUCGUGAACCCUGCUGUGUACGAAGACAACCUGCGUCGGGCUCUGUUUGAGUGCGAGACCGAAGACGGAAGCGGAGGAAAGAAGACCAUUUGGCCGAAGCUCAGGGUGAAUGUCGUGUGGUGUGACAUGUCCACGGGGAGCUGCGUGUACGCCACCCAUCGGGUUAUGCACAUGGCAAAGGCAUACAAAGAACAGGGCAAAGGUCGGACUGUCGAGUUUCACCGGCUCGAGCAAGCGAACCACUUUGUUCAUUGGGACGAGCCCGAGCGAUUCGUCGAGUUCCUCGCCCAAAUGAUAUGA